AGGUACCGCAGAUGAAGACGAACAGCAGCAAGAGACCAUGUGCCAGAUAUGUGCGACUGUGUUUAAGACCCGGUAUAACCUAUUACGGCACUUCCAGAAGCGGCACCCCGAGUACAAGAUGUACGAGUGCGACCUGUGCCGUAUUAGUUUCCCGUCCAUUGACGAGUUCAAAGACCACCUGGAGGAGAAACACUCCAAGAUGCACACCACGCACACGAUAGACUCUAAACAAGUGCGUUUCGCGUGUGACGUAUGCGGCAAUAUGUACAAAAAUAAAGCGUCCGCUAUGAACCACCUGCUGACGCACACCGCCAAAAAGACUGUGCACUGCUCCCACUGUGACUUCUCAUGUUACACCAAGCAGCAGCUGGGUGUGCACCAGACUAAGCAUGAUAAGCGGUUCGUGUGUGACAUAUGUCACAAGCGAUUUGCACAAAAGUCACAACUGGACGUACAUGUAAACGCUGUCCACUACAACCAAAGGCCGUUCUCGUGCGUGCUUUGCAAUAAGUCAUUCAAGACCAAGGGGUCGCACGACGCACACAUGAUCGUCCAUACGGAUACCCGAAAUUACCAAUGCCCGCACUGCGAUAAAAAGUGCCGGAAGCGGUACGAUCUGACGUUGCACAUCCGAACUCACACGGGUGAAAAACCGUUCAAAUGUAGUGUGUGCGGCCGAGGGUUUGUGCAGAUGUGCGAUACGCGCAAACACGAAAUGCUCCACUUUAAGCCGGGCAAGCGGAAAAACUUGUUCUUCUCGUCGCCGGAGGCGGGAAUGGCAGACGACGAAUGACAUACGGCGGCGGUGGCGGAAAGCAUGGCAGGCGACGUCGACGACGAUGAUGAUGAUGAUGACGACGACGAUGAUGACACCACUAACAACAACUCCACCAUCACCGACCCAACGACGCUGAACUGAUAGCCCCCCGUAUCUUGAUUUUAAAUAAAAUCAUAAUUUUAACAUAUUAUAUAAAUAUUUGUGUGUAUAUAAAUAUUUUUUUUUUUUUGUAUUUUACUGUAUUUUUUAUGUUAUACAUUUUUAAAUAACAUUCUUAAAAAUUGUAUUAUUUUUAAUUAGUCAAAGUUCCUUUUCCACAAUACUUAUAUAGGAACAAACAAUUACUAAAUCCACGUGAGUUAGAGAAAAGAUACCAAAAGUUAUUUCUUGUAAACUCUAUUUAAACAAUUCGUUAGUUCAAAAUAUUUUCAAUUUGAUUAUAUUAUAAAUUUCUUAUUACCAAGUUUGAAAUUGCAAAAGUAUGUGAAUAUGUAAUUAAGUAUUUUUAUUAUUAUAUGUGAAUAAUCUAGGGUUAAGUAAGUUUUAAAGUUUAUAAUGUAUAACACUUUGUAUGUAUUAAGUCUUUACUGAAUUGAAUUUUGUUAGUAAUUUAUAAAAAUAAAUACCUAAGUAUGAUAUUAUGUUAUUAUUGUCUAUCAUAUUAUGAACAGUACAAUACAUUAUUUUGUUUUUUGUUUUGUAAAAUCAUAAUUGGACUUUCGGUCAAUAUUAGGUUUUUAUUGACCUAUUGUUAAAUACAUUUAUAAAUGAGAUAUAAUUGUAAAAUGCAUCAAUACAUUGAUUUAAAAAUGAGAUAAACAUGUUAAAAAUGUUAUGCCUGGUUAAAUGAAAAAUUUUUUAGUUUAAUAAUUAUACUCUGUCUCAAAAGAAAAUAAUCAGUCGGUCAACCGAUUGUUGUCCAUUUCCACAAAUCUCACCAAUAACCUGUACUAUUGGGUGGUCCCAAAUUAAAUUUAAUAAUAUUAUUAUUUAGGAAUAUUAGUUGUAGAUGUUCAUACAUUGUCUUCGGAAAAUUUCAGAUAGUAAGGUGUGGGAAAUUUGGACUCACUUCUGCUGAAGCCGUCAGUCAGUAAGCACGAAAAGUGAUUAUUCUCUUUUGAGACAGGGUAUAGGUAAAAUUUUAUAAUUCUUUAAUUUGAUUGUAAAAUCCAUUAAUAAAUUGAUUUGAAGAUGAGAUAACCAUGUUAAAAAUAUUUAUGCCUGAUUGAGUGAAAAUAUUUUAUAGUUAGGUAAAGUUUAAUAUACCAAUCUUGGUUUACUUUUUUGUGUUUAAGGCACUAUUAGAUUACUAUUGAUUCAUUAAUUGUUCAAUGAUUUUUCAUAUAACCCUGCAUUAAUCUACUUCAUUGUAAUAAAUCCAACAUAAUAUAUCAUAUUAUUCUUAUGUUCAAUUUAAUAAUAGGUCAAUUAUAAAAUAUUUAUAUUCGUGAUACUUGUGUAUGAUAGAAUGAGGUAUAAAAUAAAUGCACCACAUCUUCUUAAAUAAUGUGUAUCCAUAAUAAAAAUGACUGCCUUGUAGAA